UUCCUCCACCAGUUUGCACCUUUCAUUUUUUAGAUUAGUUAUUUCACUAACAUAACCUCUAAUGGUUGAGUCAACAUUCCCAUUCUUAAGACUAUGAUAAUAUUUUAUACAGAUUGGGCACGCCCAUUGGUCAUUUUUCUUAAUGUUAUUGAACAGGGAUUUUUUUAGUCCACUACAAGAUUUUGAAGCAUGGAACCAUCUGUUACAAAUAUCACAACAAAUGGAGUCAGACUCAUAGUCAUCUAUUCCUAGCGAGCAUGAAGGACAUGUCUCGAUUGUCAUCUUGUUAAUAGAGUUUCGGUUUCUGAUCUAAAAAGUGUACUUAACCUAACACACAUACACCAAAUAAAAUUUGAGUCAAUAACUCAACACUAAGCACAAUGCAGUGCCACCUGGUGUCCUUGGUGCCAUCCGAACUAUUUUUGUGUCCUUGGAUGAAAUUGAUUGGCACUGCUGGUGCGGUGAUCAUCAAGCAGCAAUCCAGUCCACUCUACGCCAGUCAAUAUGGAAACUUUGCAACAUUUAAAAAUGUCCGAUAUAAGAGGACUAAUUGAUGAAAAAUUAUCAAAUAUGGUGACAAAGGCGGAACUUGGUAAUGUAAAAACUGAAAUCACAGGCCUCCAAGACAAAAAUGUUACUUUAAAACAGGAGGUUAAUUCCCUGAAGAAAAGAGUGUUAAGCUUAGAAAGUAACUCUCGUAGAAAUAACCUUAUUUUUAAAGGUUUAAAAAUUACAUCACAGAAUGACUACGUAGAGGCUGUAAUAACCUUCUGCUGUGAAAUGUUCAGCAUGUCAAACAAGUUGUGGGUGAACCGGGCUUACCCAAUAACCAAAAACAAAUCAUUGAUUUUAGCACAAUUUCCCGAUGAUGAAGAUGUACGUGAAAUACUAUCUAAACGAUUCCAACUGAAAGGCACGGAAUAUGCUGUGUUUCAAGACUUGCCACCAGACGUGAGGUAUAAGCGCGGUCGACUAUUCGCAGUUAGAGCUGAAGUUGACAGAAUUUCGGGUAAGACUGGAACGAACAUUAUUGCUUAUGAUCAUCUCAUUGUAGACAAAUGCAGGUUUACCUGGGAAGACGAGAAGUUGAUUUGUGAAGGGAUGGAUGGAGUUGAGAAACUGAACAGACUAUUCAAACAUGACUUUAGACCAUUUAUAACCAGAUUGGCAGAGAAUGGUCCACCAAUACGUCGUCCCAUCCGGCACCAAUCGGAACCAAUCAUCCAACCCAGAACUGCAGCAUCGACUCCAAAUAAAUCAGGAGAACAGAGUGUGAUGGGAUCUCGCUGAUCAAAGGUAGCCAAGGAAAUGGACAGUGUAGGAUUAAUAAGCAGUGUAUAAUUAAAUAAACAGUGAUUUUGUGAUUUGUUAGAAUAGUAUCUUAUGUUUUGAAGAAAAAUCCAGAUUUGUUUUAUUUGUUAGAUUUAAGUAUGUUUUAUAUUCAUUCAACACAAAAUCUUGUAUCAGAACAAGAUAUUUUGUUUAAAAAACUGAAGAAUUGUACAUUUAUUUUAAUUUUUCAAAUAAUAAAAUUGGUUAGGAUACAAUACUGUUGGCAGUUGAGCCUUUCCACACAGAAUUAAAUCACCUUUUACUCAUGUUUUAAUUAAUUGUCAUUUAAAUGUUUUCAAUUAUGUACAGUAAUGUAAUGUAAAAAUAAAACUGUUAUUCUUA